GUUUGGCUUCUAUGCCGCCUAGUGUACCUGUUUUCUUUCCCAAUUCGUUUUAGAUUCAGCCUUUGUUGCAAAGCUGGGACGUAACAGACGUGGUGCAGACGUGUUCUCUUGGUUUGCUUUCGUCAAGUGUAGAGGCAACAAUCUCGCUUGUUGUCUGGUUCGAGUAUUAGACGCAGAACAGGGCUUGGUUUGCAGGGAAGUUCUUGGUCGGUGUUUUGAUUCUUCUCAGAAGCUAUGGAGGAGGUCGUGGAACAAUAUAGAAGAAUGGUUAUGGAAAAAAAUAACAACUGAGGAAGAAGAGGUCAUUGCUCUAGGCACAAAAGAGGUUGAGUUUCCGGUGGUGGGUGUCAUCCGUACAGACCGGAAAGUUAGAUUCCAGGCAGUACAGGACCUGUUUGCAUUGCUCCGGAUGCCAGGAAAAGGAAUGGCAGUACAACAAAUUGAUGAACAAAGGUAUCUAUUCACUUUUUACCAUAAAGUUGAUAUGAAUCAUGUUAUGGAGGAUGGUCCUUGGCUGUUUGAGCAGAAUCUGUUAUUGCUAAAGGCGGUUGGUCAUAAUGAUAUACUACAUAAAAUGAAUUUGUUUGAAGCAGAGUUUUGGGUGCAAGUGCACAAUGUUUCGUAUAAGUUUAUGAAUGUAGACACUACUAGAAGAGUGGGCAAUUACAUUGGGGAAUUCAUUAGUUUUGAUGAAAGCCAUUUUAAGGAAAAAUGGAGUUCAUACUUGAGAGUUAGGGUGAAGAUGGAUGUGAGAAGGCCCCUGAAAAAGGGAUCUACCUUGACCAAGAAGGGUGAAGGACACUGGGUAGAUUGUAAGUAUGAAAAAUUACCGAAUUUUUGUUUUAUCUGUGGAAUCAUGGGACACUCUAAGAAAUUUUCCCCUUUGAAAUAUGUGGAAGAUAUUAAUCUGGAGGAAACUUUUAGUGCUGAUAUUAGAGCAGGUGGUGGGGGAAAGACUAGUCCCACAAGAGGUAGUAAGUGAUUGGGGGACAAACAGGGGGGUCCGAAUCGUCACAGGAGAGCUCAUCAAGAAGAUGAAGGCAUUAUGCGACAGGGACGCUGGGGGAGUGUUGAUGAGUCAGAAAGUAGCGGCACAAAGGAUGAGGAUAGGAGCAGUGCAGGGGAGGUCUCGGUUGACCAGAAGCGCAGGAGAGUCUGGAAGGAUCCGGCACAAGAAAACAGCUCAGGAGAGGAGAUGGCACUGGACAAAGCAAAAAACGGAGAGGAGGCGGGUCUGAUUUCCUAGACCCGCCUGAUGUGUUCAUGAAGUUGCGGGUGCAGAAGUUCCACGGUGGUGUUUAUUUUGUUAUUGUUUUUUAUGUUUCGUUUCACGUGCAGACUGUUGUUUUUGUUAUUUAUUUUGUUGGGAUUUGUAAGACUCUUGCAUUAGGCUCGGGUGAUGAGAGUUUUGCAGUAACCAUCUAUGAAGCACGGAUGCUUCACUAGGGUGUCGUAUCGGCGUAUCGGAAACGUUCCCAUAUCCGAUACUCUAGGAUACUCGUACUGUACGUUCUCGGGCCGUAUCUGUAAUUUUUAAAAGUUUCCACUUUUUUGGUAAUUAUUUU